AUGGAAACGCUUGACUUCAUCACAGCUGCAGCAUUGCUGUGCUCUUCUCUCCCUGAACGUCAGUUUCAUUUUGUCAACGAGCUGAAGAACUGGACUGAAGCUCAGAGUUUCUGCAGAGAAACGUAUGCAGACCUGGUGACCAUACGCAGCAUGGAGGACGUGACGGCUCUGAACAACAUGGUCGAUUUAAACACAGUGGUCAACAUGAACAUGGAUUCCAAAAAUCGAUCCUGGAUUGGUUUGUUUGAUGACGUGCACAGCUGGAGGUGGUCCAUCUCUGACACAAACUUCUACAAAGACGGUGAAGCUCAGUUCAGGAACUGGGGAGGUGGUGAACCAAACAACUUCCUGGGUUCAGAGCGCUGCGGAGAGAUGUGGGAUAAUGGA